AUGCCGAAAUUCAGUGGUCAGGCGGAUGAACAUCCAAAAACCUUUUUGAAAGACCUCAAUUCGUAUAUGACAUACAAAAGAAUCAUACCAGCGGAAAAAUUAAUCAUAAUCGAGAAUUGUAUGCAUGGUAACGCGGCCAAAUGGUUCAAGAUGAUCAAGGACACGAUACCAACAGAAGAAACAUUCAAAACGUUAUUUCUAAAACACUACUUCUCGGAAGACAAGCAGUGGGACAUUUUUAUCAAAUGUACGGAAGCAGGGAAAAAACCGAUCAGUAACAAUUUUCAAGAACAUUUCCAUUACUGGAUGGUGGAACUUAAGUAUUUAGACACACCAAAAAUGGACGAAACACAGGCAAUCAACCUGAUUAUAAAACAUUUUCCCAUGGCUAUACAAGCAUACAUCCAGACGACUCAAGAAUGGAAAUUCCUAAACAUCUGGGAGAAACUGGGAGAACUUGAAAAUGGUUAUAGCAAACAAACAACAAAUAAUCAACAAGAAAUACCGAGAAGCCGACCAACUUACAGAUCAAAUCCAUCAUACAAAAAACCCGGACCACCACAAUCAAGCAAUUACAACAAUAUACCAACGACUCCACGACAAACCAAUAACGUAGCAGAAACAGAUGGAAAUGGACGAAUUUAUGAUAAGACAAACAUCACAAAAAAUAUUAAACAAAUCAUGCUGACGGGAGAAGAAGAAGAACCUGAGGAUGUCACCACCGAAAGCAAUAUGACAAAAAACUACGAACAGGGGACUGUGGAGUCAGACUGA